AUGGAUGAGGACAGCCUGGACGAGCUUGCAGAGCGGAGCGCAGGGUCGGGUAGACACCUGCAGCCCAGCCUUGCUGCCCUGGCCAGUGACACUGAACAAAGCUGUGAUGGAAGCAGUGAGGACUCUGGGGACGACAUGGGCAGUGAGCAGAGGGACAGCACAGAAGAGGACGAGGAGGGGGCGUCUGGGGAGGAGUACCUGGAAGACAGAUCUGAAUCUGAAGACUCGGAGGAAGAAGACGUGGAGGCCUCGGUGGCUGACACUCAAAAGAGGAAAGUAGGAGCAGACAGAGGGCUCAGCUCGGAUGAGGAAGCUGAAAGCUGCCCGAUUUGUCUCAAUGUGUUUCGAGACCAGGCCGUGGGGACCCCGGAGACUUGUACCCACUACUUCUGCCUGGACUGCAUAGUGGAGUGGUCCAAGAACGCCAACUCCUGCCCAGUGGACCGGACAGUAUUCAGGUGCAUUUGUGUCCGCGCCCAGUUUGGUGGGAAAGUCUUGAGAAAGGUCCCAGUGGAGAACACCAGAGCCCCUGAGGCUGAGGAGGAGGAUCCCACGUUCUGUGAAGUGUGUGGCCGCAGUGACCGGGAGGACCGCCUCCUCCUCUGUGAUGGCUGCGAUGCCGGGUACCACAUGGAGUGUCUGGAUCCCCCGCUCCAGGAGGUGCCAGUGAACGAGUGGUUCUGUCCGGAGUGUGCCGGGCUGGAUGACAGCUCUGAUCUGGGCCAUGUGAGUGAGGAGGAGGUCUCUCUGCUCUUGGCUGAUGUGGUGCCCACCACCAGCAGGCUCCGGCCUAGCACAGGCCGGACCCGGGCCAUUGCCAGGACACGGCAGAGUGAGCGGGUGAGGGCCACUGUGAACCGGAACCGAAUCACCACGGCCAGGAGGAUCCAGCAUGUCCCAAGAUACCUAAUGUCAUCUCUGCUUGAUGAGACAAUUGAAGCUGUCGCCUCUGGCCUGAGCACUGCUGUGUACCAGCGGCCCGUGACUCCAAGAGCCCCUGUGAGACGGAAGAGGAGAAUGAGAAAACGGAAGAAGGUCCUAGGUAGAAAGAAGACCCCAUCCAGAUCCUCUGUGAGAACUAAUCACUCGGGAGCAAGAUCUAAGAGACGCCAGAGUCGUGGGAAGAAGAGGAAGGGGAGAAAGCUGAAGGUGACAGUCACAGCGCGCGCCCGCAUUGCCAGGACACUGGGCCUCCGGAAACCUGUUCUCGGUGCCUCCUUCCCAUCUGUGUACAAGCCCACCGACCCGUCGCUGGGGCUGAUGCGGGCAGACAUCGGAGCUGCACCUCUGUCCCUGUUUGGGGACCCUCAUGAGCUGGACCCCUUCGACAGCAGUGACGAGCUCUCCACAAACCCUGCCUCUCCCCUGAGUGCCAAGAGGAGAGUCCUGUCCCAGUCAGCGCUGCGCUCACACCAGCCUGUGGCCAGGCCCGUCUCCGUGGGGCUUUCCAGGGGUGGUGUCUCUGCUGCCACCGCACCUGAGCCCCCCGUGGAGGCCGCCCCCGUCCCCGACCUGCUGGGCAGCAUUCUGUGCAGCCAGAACCUCCUGAUGCUGAGCGGCGACGAUGUCAUCAUCCACCGCGAUGGCUCCCUCAGCGCCAAGAGGGCAGCACCAGCUGCUUUCCGGCGAAGCUCACUCAGCAUGUCUGAGGGGGUUGGGGCUUGCACAAGUGGUGGCCGGCAGCCCAAACCACCCCCCUUGGGGAGCAGGCCCGAGAGCUCCGCCACCUCCCAAAGCAGACCUGGCCCAGUCCCAGCCCCGGCCUCCUGGGGCCCUGCGUCCACAGCGAGGCCAGCUGUGAGCUUGGGCUCCUCCACAGCCCCGCUGGCUGGGGGCGUCCAGGCUCAGACCUUGGCUAGCAGCACACUGGGUUCACACAGAAGCAGCCAGCCGCAGUUUAACGGAGACAGCAAACGUGCUUCGCCUCUGGGUUCCACCUCCCCCAAAGUCCCCAGCAGUGACUCUCAUUCACCACCAAGACGUCCAGUGCUGGAGCAUCCCUUAAAGCCAGCUCCCAGGAGAAGGGACAUUUCAGAGCUGCCCAGAAUACCAAAGAUUAAGAGAGACAGUGGUGGCAGCAGUGGGCCGGCGGAUUCGGCCCCCGCCCAGGGCCAGAGUGUUGAGAUCCCCAGUUCCUGCAUCAGCCGGCUGACGGGCAGGGAGGGGCCCACACAGCCAGGCCGUGGCACGCGGGUAGAGGGUGAGCCCAGCGGCCAGGGCCCCCAGGGGCCAGGCACAGCCCCGGGGAGGCCCCAGCCCCCGGCCCCCAGUUCCCACAGCAGCCCAGCUUCUGGUAUAGCCAGCAGGGGCAAAGGCAUUGGGUCGGCCUUUGAGAGCUUCCGAAUUAACAUUCCCGGGAACGCAGCCCACUCCAGCCGGCUGCCCAGCCCUGGGUUCUGUAACACGUUCCGGCCAGUUGACAACAAGGUACAGAGAAAGGAGAACCCCGCACCCCUCUUCUCCCUCAAAAAGCCUAAGCAGCUCAAGAGUGAGAUCUACGACCCGUUUGAGCCCACAGGCUCUGACUCCAGCUCCCCCAGCAGCAGUCCCGAGCGGCUGGGAUCCGGCCUGCUGCCCUCUGAGAUCACACGGACUAUCUCCAUUCACAGCCCCAAGGCCUCAGCCUGCCCCGCCGUGCGCUGUGUCACCUCUUACACUGUGCAGGGGGCUUUCGGGUCAGGCUCUGAGUCCGCCCGUGGGCCUGCCUCCAGCAGGCUCAGGCUCCGGGACAGAGAGGGCCCUGGGGAGGCCUCCGACCUGGAGCUGGAGGGGCCGGGGCUGCCUGGGGAGGGUGGGGAUGAGGAUGUGCCCCGGCGCAGUGCCUUCUUCGACUCGCAGGCCCGCACAGUCACCUGCGUGACGGUCCUGGGGCCGGAUGGCCCACCCAGCCCAGUUCCUGUGCCGACCACCACCCACCGUGUGGUGGAGCUGCGUUCACCAUCGCCCACCCACUCCGACACCAGCUCCUGCAGCCGGAAGGGAGACAAGAAAGAAAAGGCCGCCACCCAGGAGCCAAGGGCACAGUCCCGCAGCCAUUCGAGGUCCCGCUCUCGGGAGAGGAGCUCACGGUCGGCCUCACCCCCAGCCAGCGAGCCCCCAGCCAGGAAGCACCGACCCAAGGCCCGGGCCCGGCGUUCCUCCAGCGAGGGCUCCAGCAGCCGCGACAGGGCCAAAAGGAAGAAAGCCAAGGGCCGCGAGAGGAAGCGGGGCUCCUGGGGCCGCACCCGGAGGCGGUCCCGCUCUGUGAGCCCGGGCAGCUCCUCCCAUGAAUACCACGAGAGCAGGCGGAAGAAGGUGCGGCGCUCGUCGUCCCGGUCCCGAGGGCGGGAGAGCUCACCACCCAGCAGCACAGAGCGUGCCAGGAGACACAAGCACCGCAGACAGCGGAGCCGGGAGCGGACCGACAGGAAGGAGAGCGUGUCCCGGCCGCGGGGACGGCGGCGCUCGCGGGAGAGGAGCAAGUGGAGGGCACGGUCACCGAGCCCAGAGCACCGGUCCCGGGAGCUGCGGCGGCCCCGCUCCCGUGACCGGCUGCCCCGAACCCGCUCUCCCUCCCCAGACAGGAAGCAGCAUGCCAAGGAAGUGUCCCCACCCGCUGUGCACGAGGUACCUGGGCUCACCCCUGGACUUGAGGCAGGGCCCACGGCCAGGCUUCCUGCCCUGGUGCAGGCAGAGGUGCUGGCGGCGGCCUCGCCAGGGGUGCCUGUGGCUGGGGUAGCUGAGGCCCCCCCAGAGGUGCCCCCCACGGCUGAGGUGCUGACAGAGCGUGCAGCCGAUGACCUGGACUACGGCGACUCCGUGGAGGCAGGCCACGUCUUCGAGGAUUUCUCCAGCGACACCGUCUUCAUCCAGCUGGAUGACAUGAGUUCCCCGCCCUCCCCUGAGAGCACCGAUUCCUCCCCAGAGCGUGCCCCUCUGGGCCCCACCCCAGCAGCACCGGGCCCUGCACAAGACCAAGCCAGCAGCAUAGGCCUAGACACCAGCCAUGCCCUUGCCGUCAUCCAGAGGGAGGUGUCCCUGAUGCACAGUGACGAUGACCUACGGCCCCCACCUCUGACAGAAGCGCCCCCGGAGAGGGCACCUUUUGGGCAGGACAUGGAUGAGGGGAGCCCGGCUGUUGGAAUGGUGCCCAUCGGGGGAAUAGUGGGACGUCCAGCAGAUGAUGGGGCAAAGCCCGAGGACUCCACCCCUCAGAUGCCUUUGCUGCGAUCGAAGGCUCCAGUGAAGAGAGUCACCUGGAACCUCCGGGAAGAGGGAGGCAGUGCCCCUGCAGAUGACCAAGCACCACGGAUGCCGCUGCACAGGCCACAGAAGCCCAGGGACGUAGUCUGGGAUGCAGAGGACCUGGGCCCAGCAGUGUUCCACCAGGUGCCACCAUGCCCGGAGCCACUGGCUUCCAGCCAGGCACUUCCUGAGCCUGUGUUCCCCGACAUAGAUGCUUCUCAGGUUUACAGCCCUGCUCUGACCUCGAGUGGCCCACCCUAUGCACUAGUCAGCCAGCCCUCGGUCCAGUUUCUCCUGCAGGGCAGCCUUCCCCUGGCAGGCUGUGGGGGUGCACAGGCCUUGGCCCCAGCGCAGACUGCCCUGACCAUCACCUCAGAGCCAGCUGUCCUGGCCCCCACAACCAACAAUGUGGAGGAGAACGCCUCUGCUCCCAAGCCCACCGGGGAGAAGGCCAAGAAUGAGGAGUACAUGAAGAAGCUGCACAUGCAGGAGCGGGCCGUGGAGGAGGUGAAGCUGGCCAUCAAGCCCUUCUACCAGAAGCGGGAGAUCACCAAGGAGGAGUACAAGGACAUUCUGCGCAAGGCCGUGCAGAAGAUCUGCCACAGCAAGAGCGGAGAGAUCAACCCCACGAAGGUGGCCAACCUGGUGAAGGCUUAUGUAGAGAAGUACCGCCACAUGCGGAGGCACAAGAAGGCCGAGCCGGAGGAGGGGCCGCCCCAGGAGGUGGAGGGCUGA